AGGGGCAGCGGCGGCGGGGUGAAACCCUCUCAGUUUUCAGGAAAGAUUUCCCACAUGGUCUCAUCUACCAAUCGCAACAGGAAGGACCAAAAUCAGCCUGGCUGCGUUUCACAUACGCUCAAUGGAGUUCUAGAAUUCAGGGAUAAAUCUGGCCCUUUGUGGUGGGUGCCUGAGGAUAUUUCGGAAGAUCCCAGAGGUACGGCUGUUAGCGACGUUCAGUAGCCGUGUUUGGCAGCCUCCGUCCCCUGCCCCAUAGGUCGGAAGUUGGUGCUAGGAGCGAACUUUGCUCAGCAGGAGGAGCCCAGAUGCAUAUAAGCAUGUGUGCGGGUAUUAAUGUUUUGUUCAAGUGCUCCGAGUAGUGUUAGGCUGCUACUCAUGAUGUGCGACUUGCCAUUAUUUUCUCUAUUGUCUCUUUUUGUACCUUGUAACCAUAAAGUGUUGCCAUGUAAGAAGCCCGGGCUAGAAUUAAUGGCAUAAGUACUAAAGUGUCUGAAGACCCGUUUGGCAGUGAAACUGGACAAACGUUAUUAAACCUAUCAGUGAUUUAAGGCUUCAAAAAGAAGUUUGACGGUGAGAACAUGUACAUGAGUAUGACAGAGCCGAGCCAGGACUAUGUGCCAGCCAGCCAGUCUUUUCCUGGCCCAAGUCUUGAAAGUGAAGAUUUUAACAUACCUCCUAUCACUCCUCCGUCAUUGCCUGACCAUUCACUGGUGCACUUGAAUGAAAUUGAGUCCGGAUAUCACUCUCUGUGUCAUCCAAUGAACCAUAAUGGCCUCCUUCCAUUCCACCCACAAAACAUGGAUUUACCUGAAAUUACAGUUUCCAACAUGCUUGGCCAAGAUGGGACACUGCUUUCCAAUUCGCUCUCUGUGAUGCAAGAUUUACGGAAUACAGAAGGAGCCCAGUAUAGUUCCCAUCCUCAGAUGGCAACCAUGAGGCCAAGGGUUCAACCUGCAGAUAUUAGGCAGCCAGGAAUGAUGCAGCACGGGCAGCUGACUACUAUUAACCAGUCCCAGCUCAGUGCACAGCUUGGUUUGAAUAUGGGUGGAAACAAUGUUCCUCACAACUCACCCUCUCCACCUGGAAGCAAAUCUGCAACUCCUUCACCAUCCAGUUCAGUCCAUGAAGAUGAAGGAGAAGAUAGCUCUAAGGUUAAUGGAGGAGAGAAGAGACCUGCUUCAGAUAUGGGAAAGAAACCCAAAACUCCCAAAAAGAAGAAGAAGAAGGACCCAAAUGAGCCACAAAAGCCUGUGUCUGCCUAUGCAUUAUUCUUCCGAGACACUCAAGCAGCCAUCAAGGGCCAGAACCCCAAUGCUACUUUUGGUGAAGUCUCUAAAAUUGUAGCUUCAAUGUGGGACGGCUUAGGAGAAGAACAAAAACAGGUAUACAAAAAGAAAACUGAAGCUGCCAAGAAGGAAUAUCUGAAGCAGUUAGCUGCCUACAGAGCAAGCCUUGUAUCCAAGAGCUACAGUGAACCUGUUGAUGUCAAAGCCUCCCCGCAGCCUCAAAUGAUGAAUUCAAAGCAGUCAGUGUUUCAUGGGUCUGCCCAGAGUCACUCUGCACUGUACCUCAGCUCCCACUACCACCAACAACCAGGAAUGAAUCCUCACAUCACUGCUAUGCAUGCCAAUAUCCCCAGGAACAUAGCACCCAAGCCCAACAACCAAAUGCCAGUGACUGUUUCCAUAGCAAACAUGGCUGUGUCCCCGCCACCACCACUUCAGAUCAGCCCUCCUCUGCACCAGCAUCUCAACAUCCAGCAACACCAGCCGAUUUCAAUGCAGCAGUCCAUUGGAAACCAGCUACCGAUGCAGGUCCAGUCUGCUUUACAUUCACCUACAAUGCAGCAAGGAUUUACUCUUCAGCCUGAUUAUCAGAAUAUCAUCAAUCCAACAUCAACAGCUGCACAAGUUGUUACCCAAGCAAUGGAGUAUGUUCGUUCAGGGUGCAGAAAUCCUCCAGCACAGACUGUGGACUGGAAUAAUGACUACUGCAGUAACGGGGGCAUGCAGAGGGACAAAGCACUCUACCUUACCUGAAAAUCUGAAACACCUCUCCUUUCCACUGAGGAAUGCAGGGAAGUCUUUUCAUCAUGGAUUGCUUUAUGCAGUCAAGGCAGUUCUGCAUUUUAUUAUGAAAUACAAGUUGCUAAGCACUUAGGACUAUCUGAGCUUGUGGGUCACCCACUCUGGAAAAAUAGUCUUGCUUCUUUCUUUUUCUUUCCCUCCCCCCAUUUUGUUUUUCAUUCUUUCUUUCUGCUUUCCACCCCCACCCUGAGAUCCUGUAACGGACAUUGCUUUUCUUCUUCCCCGAAGGAAACUUGGACCAUUCAGAUUUUAUGUUGGUUUUUGCUGUGAAGUGCUGCGAUAGUAACUGCCUUAGCAACUGUAGAUGUCUCGGAUAAAAGUCCUGGAUUUUCCAUUGUUUUUUCAUAAUGGGUGUUUAUAUGAAACUACUAAAGACUUUUUAAAUGGCUUGAUGUAGCAGUCAUAGCAAGUUUGUAAAUAGCAUCUAUGUUACACUCUCCUAGAGUAUAAAAUGUGAAUGUUUUUGUAGCUAAUUGUAAUUGAAACUGGCUCAUUCCAGUUUAUGGAUUUCACAAAAAGGGUUAAAUUGGCAAACAUUCAUAUUUUUACUUCAUUUUUAAACAAGUGACUAAUAGUUCUAUAUUUUCAAACUAUUUGGAGGAGGAAAAAAAAAAAAGUAAAAUAUUCCCAAAUGAUAUUAAUUAAAAUAUUGGCUGUGUCUCAUGAAAUAAACACAAAAACGAGAGGGAAAUCAGUGUUGAUAAAGAGCAAACACAUUUAUUUUGUACUGCCUAAAAACGCUUCUUUUUUUAAAAGAAAAUCACUUUAUGUGUACUGGUUAGUAAAUGUCAUUUAAGUCCUUUUAUGUAUAAAACUGCCAAAUGCUUACCUGAUAUUUUAUUAGAUGCAGAAACAGAUUGGAGACAGCUAAAUUAUAACCUUUACAUAUGGCUAUGUAUUGUUUCUUCAUACUGUGUCUGUAUUUAAUCUUUUUUUAUGGAACCUGUUGCGCCUAUUUAUGAAAUAAUAAAUAUAGGUGUUUGUAAGUAAAUUUGUUAGCAUUUUAAAGAGGUUUCUUUGAUGCUUUAACUUUUGCUGGCACAAAUCGUUCACAACUGAUGUGAAUACUUUAUUUAGUUUUUACAGUGACAUAUAUAACGCCAAACCUGCUUUUCUGGCAGAAAAUGAAGGUAACCAAUGCUUAUUUCUGUAUUUCUUUGGUUGCUAAGGAAGGAAAAUAAACAACGGUAUUUUAAGUAAUUCCCUUUUUAAAGCAUUGUAGCAAGAAGUCGCCCAAAACUAAGCCUUGAUCCAACAAAACUAACUGUAUAAAGCUGCAUAAUGCUGCUUCUUCAGACUUCAUCAGUUUGGAUUAAUUAGUCAAGUGGAAUAAAAGUGUUACCAACAGAAAUAUUACCCAAUAUGCUUCAGCCAUUUUAUUAUACAGGCAAAAGUUCCUACAGUCUUUUAGGGAGCGUAUCACAAAUAUAUCCUAAAGUGAAAAGUAAGUUAAAUAGCCACAGGGAAAGGGAUAAAAAAAAAAUAGUAAUCCAAAAGAAGGCAUCUUGUCAAUGCUUUUGAUCAGGGAGAGAUCUGAAAAUGCUUUUCUGGAGGAUUUCAUGCCAGAUGCCUGUCCAAGUAAUAGAGAGUAUCGCUGAUCUGUAUUGUCCACGGGAAAUGAAGAAAGCAACUCAGAAUCAAUAUGAAUUAUGUAAUGCCAUUGAUUAAAAAAAAAAAAAAAAAGCAAAGAAAAGAAAAAGAAAAACAAACAAAGGUAUGUUUGCUUUGGAAUGAUUUCAGGCAAUGUACAGUUGGAAUCACUUGGCAUGUAAUAACUAAUAAAUAAUGCAGAUCAGAUUUGAUUACUCAAAUGACUGUAGCUGAGAGCUCUAAUUUUCCUGUCUUUAAACUGUAUAAGAACUCGUGAUUAAAUUCACAGUUUAUUGUUUGUCUGUUUAGUACUUUAGAAAUAUACCAGCACUACUAAUUACCCAAUGUCUUCUAUUUAUUAUAUUAUAGCAAACUACAUUUUCCACUCAUAUUAAUUUGAAAGUGAGAAAAUAAUUACUGGGAAUGAGAAAAAUCAGCUUUGAUUUUGACAGGCAGUUUUCUUUUUUCUUCUACAGAAAAGAACUGUGUUAUCUCCAUUUCUUUUAGAGCAGGUGCACAGUCACAUAAAGUUGUUAAUUUCAAUAUCCAAGCAGAGUUCAAAAUACAAGAAAACUUUAAUGUAAAUAAAAAAAAAAUACAUCAUGAAUAAAAUACUUAUUCUGUAUGAA